AUGGCUCCCCUCUGCAGCCCCCCGAGUCCUUGGACUCCCCUGGCCACACUGACCCUGCUGUGGACCUCUUUGGCCUGGACGGAGGGGAGGCCCGGGUGCCCUUCCUGCGGGAUGCCCUCUCUGGAGCCCAGUGCCGAGAAGGCCUUCCUGAUCGAAGUGGCCAAGCAGCAGAUCCUGGAGAAGCUGCAUCUGAGCGAGAGGCCCAACAUCACCCACCCCGUAUCACGUGUGGCCGUGGCCAACGCCCUGCGGCGCCUGCACAUGGGCAAAAGUGGGGCGGACGGACGGGGACGGGCUCCCGUCUGGGAGAACACGGAGUCCGACGAACAGGGGUACGAGAUCAUCAGCUUUGCAGAAACAGAGCCCUCGGGGAAACUGCAGUUCCAGUUCUCCCAUACGAAAGGCCAAGACAUGCAGAUCCACCAGGCCCAACUGUGGCUGUAUCUCAAGACCCACCAAAACGUUACGUUACAAGUUUACCAAGAAGGUCAUCAGCUGGGGGAGCAGCAGAUGGAGACCAAGGGGUGGCACACCUUCUCCCUCACGUCGGCUGCGCAGAGCUUCUUCGAGCGGGAAGAGAAGACCCUGCAUCUGGAGCUGCAGUGCAGAGACUGCCGCCCCCCUGGCAUCUCAGCUCUGAUGACUCACACUGGCAGUUCCCACCAGCCCUUCCUGGUGGUGAAGGCCAAGCUACGGGAGCCCGGCCACCGGGUCACCAAACGCAGCCUCAACUGCGACCAGAACUCCAGCGUCUGCUGCCGGAAAGACUAUUACGUCAGCUUCCGAGACAUCGGCUGGAAUGACUGGAUCUUCAAGCCCGACGGCUAUCAGAUCAACUACUGCAUGGGGGACUGCCCGGUCCACCUGGCCGGCGCGCCCGGCAUGGCGGCCUCCUUCCACACCACCGUCUUCAACUUGGUCAAAGCCAACAACAUCCAGACCGCCGGCCGCUCGUGCUGCGUCCCCACCCAGCGGCGGGCCCUGUCUCUACUCUACUUCGACCCCAACAGCAACCUGAACAAGAAGGAAAUCCCUGACAUGGUUGUCGAUGCUUGUGGGUGCAGCUAA